UGCAUUUGAGAAGGUUUUGAUUCGAAACCUAAAUCGUCGCAACCAAUGCAACGGCUCGUUGACCAUGUCCUUGCUGUAACCAAAGAGUCAGUUAAAACAUUCACUUAUGAGUCAUUGAACAAUGUUGUGAGGUUGAUAAAUGGGAUGUCCGCACUAUUAUUGACAAUAUUACCAGGGAACUCUUCUAUUCUUGAAGGUAUCCAUGGUUGGGAGCUUCGGCCAGCAUUUCGUGGGCCUAGGCUUCCACGCUGGAUGGAAGAUGGUGUCUCAUCCUUUAACCAAUUCAUUCAUGAGCUUUCUGUUGAACCCAAUGCCUCAUCAAGUGUAGAAUACUCAUCACAGGAAGAUGUUGAUGAAAACAUCGGUCCAAUGUCUCCUCUGUUACAAAGUUCUCGUGCAUCCAGAGUGAGCAGUUUUACAAGGCAGAGCGGUAAUUGGGUACAUUUGCUCAGAUACAUCUUCUCAUGGUUCAUUUUCCCCAUUAAAUUUAUGUUGGGAAUACCGUUGUAUCUCUAUGGUUCACGUACUAUGUCUGGGAGUCUCCAGUCUUCCCCUCUACGAGCUACCAAGAGAUUACAGUCACUCAAGGACCACUUUGUCCAACGUGCCACUGACAGAAGGCGAGGCGUAGUUGAGGAUCUCCAUCUAGCAAUUGAGAUUAUUAUUGAGACUGUCUUUGGAUUCGUCCACAAGGCAGCACAUUGUCUUCUUUCACCGAUAGUCACUUUUACGGAAGUGGUGAAAUGGUUCUUUUCUUGUAUGAGUGGUCCUGAGGAUGUUCCAGCUGAUGGUUCAGGUGUAUCUGUACCUACAGAUACUCUUUCAGAGAAUGACCCUACGCCUAGGGAACGACAAACAAGCUUUUAUCAUUCCCUAAAUACAGAUGCUAGGACGUGUCAAGAUGUCAUAACAGAGCUUGGGUACCCAUAUGAAGCUCUUCGUGUGGUAACUAACGAUGGAUAUAUUCUCCUUUUGGAGAGAAUUCCAAGACGUGAUGCUCGGAAAGUUGUUUAUCUGCAACAUGGGGUUUUUGAUUCAUCCAUGGGUUGGAUAUCGAAUGGAGUUGUUGGUUCUCCUGCAUUUGCAGCCUAUGAUCAAGGGUAUGAUGUUUUCCUUGGAAAUUUUCGUGGACUGGUUUCGAGAGAACAUGUUGACAGCAAUAUAUCCCCACGACAAUACUGGAGGUACUCCAUAAAUGAGCACGGGACACAAGAUAUACCUGCGAUCAUACAGAAGAUCCAUGAAAUAAAAGUUUCUGAAUUGAAAAAUAGCCAAGCGGGUUUUGAGGAAGAGUGUGAGAGUGAUCAACCAUACAAGCUCUGUGCUAUUUCCCAUAGUUUGGGUGGAGCUGCUAUUCUGAUGUAUGUCAUAACCCAGCGAAUUGAGGAAAAACCCCAUAGGCUUUCAAGAUUAAUCUUGUUAUCACCUGCUGGCUUCCAUCAUGAUUCAAAUAUUGUAUUCACGGUGAUGGAGUACGUAUUCCUAGUGUUAUCUCCUUUACUGAUGCCCUUUGUGCCAGCUUUCUAUAUACCCACUCGUUUUUUCCGCAUGCUGGUCAAUAAGUUGGCACGGGACUUCCAUAACUUACCUGGAGUUGGAGGCCUUGUGCAAACCCUGAUAAGUUAUGUGCUUGGUGGAGACAGUUCAAAUUGGGUCGGAGCUUUGGGGUUAUCACAUUACAAUAUGAAUGAUAUGCCAGCUGUUUCAUUUUGUGUGGCACUUCACAUGGCACAGAUCAAACGCAGCCGUAAAUUUAUCAUGUUUGACUACGGGAGUGCUGCUUCAAACAUGGAAGUCUAUGGAUCUCCACAGCCCUUGGAUUUGGGGGAGUACUAUCUCUUAAUUGAUAUUCCUGUUGACCUUGUUGCUGGGCAGAAGGACAACGUAAUCAGGCCGUCCAUGGUUAGGAAGCAUUAUGACCUGAUGACUGAUGCAGGUGUAGAUGUAUCAUAUAAUGAGUUUGAGUACGCACAUUUGGAUUUUACAUUUUCUCAUCGUGAAGAACUACUCACAUACGUAAUGUCCCGGUUAAUGUUAGUAGGGUAUUCGACAAAGCAACCAGCUGGGCAGAAAUCAUUAAGGAAUCGGAGAAAUGAGGUACAAUCGAGCAGCCAUUGAAGUGUAAUGCUCCAGAAGCCGAGGGAACACAUUUUAUUUUUGUAGGUGCUUUCAAGUUGUUUUUUAUGCUCUGCAAACAUUUUAGGGUAGAUAUACGAAAAUCUAGGAAACACAGUAUCACCGUGUGUGAGGUGGAAGCCCCGAGAAACGAUUUUCAAAAAAUGGGUGAUCAAAAGAUGGAAUUUCCUCACGGUUUUUCUAUGUGGAGGGGAUCUACCUAUGUAUAGUCUCUUUUAUGUUGUAAAAUAAGUCAUUGCUAUGCAUAUUGUUUCUUUAUGUUGUAAGAAUCGGAAUUUUGUAAUUAUUGUAUUUCUGUUCUGAUUUCCAAGA